AUGUUGCACGUUGAAUCCCCUAUUGGAGUUGGAUUUUCCUACACAAACACAAGCUCGAACUACAUUUGGCGGAAUGUUACUAGGACCGGGUACUACGUUCCAGAACUUGCAGCAUUGUUGCUUGAGCAUAAUCAGAAACCAAACAAUAGACCCAUCAAGCUCAAAGCAAUUGCUCUUGGAAAUCCACUUUUAGACCUACACAUUAGUGUACUUGCUGGUGAUUAUUUGUGGUCACAUGGUGCAAUAUCGGAUCACACAUUAACUUUGGAGAGGACAGUUUGUAAUGACUCCAAGUACAUGAGGGAGUAUGCUCACAGUCAAUGGUCUCAGAUUGCUAGGAGGGAAACCAAAGCAGAUCCAUGCCUAAAAUCCAGGAUUCUUAAAUAUCUAAACAAACCUCAAUUUCAGAAGGCUCCCCAUGCUAACACAACAAACCUUCCAUUCCAUUGA